AUGCACGUCCUACCAUUUGUCCAAGUCAAAGACCUAGCCCCCUCGGCUUCGUUCUACGCCGCUGUGGCUCAACCCCUCGGUCUCCGUUAUAUAUCUUCCACUCCCACUUCAAUAGUGUUUGGCGAUAGUUCUUCAUCUUCCCCCGAACCAGUCUUCGAAGUGAAGCAGAAUACCAACUCGGACUCACAAUUUGUGCAACCCUGUCGCCUCGUCCUUUCGGCGGGAUCACCCUCGGCCGUUGCUGCUUUCCACGGAGCUGCCUUGCGUUCGAAUCCUAAACUAAAGGACGGCAACUACAGCGUCAACUAUUUGCGUGUACAGAACUCGGAUCCAGACGAAGAGAGCCGCGCUAUCAUCGGCGAUUUUGACGGAAACAUCAUGGAGGUCGUCCAUGCUAAUUCUUCCAAGAAGUAUGCCUCGAGCCGUGCAGGCUCGACGGUAAGCCGGUCUCAAUCCUCUUCUACCCAGGAAAGCAGCCGUGUCCUCGACUGGACUCUAGAUGUUGGCGCUCCCCUGGUUCCUUUACCACGGUCUAUCGCCGGAUCCAGUGGGCCUAGCACCACGGUGGGUAGCCGCGCUUCUAGCGGCGAGUCCUAUACCAUGGCGCGACAAAGUGUUACGACAUCAUCAUCAACUAUCGAGACCCCACCCGAGGAGGCCCCAAAAGGAUUGAAUACUACCACCGUCCUGGGUGCCGUCUUCGGUCUGGCGGUGGGCGCUGCUGUCGGUGGCGCGCUAACCUAUAACUCGAUAAUGAACAAGCAAGAGCAAGAGCAAGAGCCUAUUGCGUUCCAGGGUCAUGAUAUGCCGCCCUUUACUAGACGGUCUACAUACCCGGACCAGUCUCCGAACCGGCCCCGAUACUACCCUCCCAGCAGCUACAAUGGUGGUCACUCGAAGGCUGGUGGUCCGCGAGGCAGAGCGAUCGAAGACAUGGACGACCGUGCCAGUCGUUACUCAAGCCAUUACACUACCAGGAGUCGGUCGCGCGGCCGCAGCGAGGCAUCCUCGUCUAGACGCUCCCUGAUGGUAGACGAGCAUGAGCACAGAGGUGAUGCCGGAUCGAAAUACAGCGAGAGGCGACCAAUGGAAUCAGAGUAUCGCAGUAACACAGGCCGGUCCAGACACGCCCCUGCCCCCGACUCCCGCGGCCAUGCGAGCUCGCGACACUCGCCCGACUCGGAGUCGGACUGGCGCACGUACGUCAGUUCCAAGCACACAUCUGCGUCAUCGCGGCCGCGUGAGGCAGAGACCGAGACGUACGUCUCGGCUCGCACCGACAAAUCGGCCGGCACGAUUCGCGGCACACGGACCUCCCCCCCGCGACCUCAGUCUAAAGCCGGAACUCGGUAUUCGGCUAAAGGGUCUGGAGGUAAUAGAUCACGGAGUGUGAAGCGUCCGGAGAGCCAUGCUGGCAGCGGUUAUGUAGUCUGGGAUGAUGAUGAUGCGGGGAGUGUAGCACCGAGCGAUAGUAUCAGUAAUAUUGGGAGUCGGCAUGGGAAGCGGUCGCAGUAUGUUUGA